CAGUUGGAGAGCAAAUAGGAGUGGAGAAAUUAUCAUUUAAAUAGACUACGUGGUAGAAUAGAAGGACACCCUUUUCCCGAUCGAUAUCACUGCUAAUACUCUAUCUUUUGUAGCUUUGAUCAACUCCUGACUAUUGCAUAAAAUCUAUACAAAGUUCAUACACAUUUCUUGAAGAUUUUCUUGUGCGAAGCCUAGUUUCUUUAUUCUUAAUUGUUGGAGGAAGUUGUUAAUUUCUUGCUAAAACAGCAAAAGUGUGUGUGUAUACGCACAAAGCUGUUAUCGAAGUACUGCGUUGCAUGUCUUUCGAAGCAUGUUAUCGAAGUACUGCGUUGACACAAUCUUCACAGCCACUCCGGUCAAAGCUGGUCAACUUCUCAAAGUCCUUGCACAGUUGCCUGAUCAGAUCAUCUAAAGAUCUAAUAUUUACGUAACUGAUGAUGGGUAUUCUGGCUUGGGGAUAGGCAGAAAGUUCUUGUCUCCUCGCUUUUCUUUUCAUUACCUCAUAGGCACAGUCUACUGUAGGCAUACGAUCUGCCCCUUCAUUGAUAUGAUCAUUUGCAUAAAACACACUCACUGGUAAGUUCAGAUUGAGGAGAGCUUCUGCAGUGCUAAGGAAUAAGUGGCUUAUGAUAAAUGAUAUCUUGAGAUUCUUUUCUGGCUCCGUCAAUGGCUCUUUCUGUUUGGGAUUUGGCUUGCACGUUUCUGAUUCAGUUGGUGGGUUUUCUGUAACAUUCAAACUGUUAAUUACUAAUUACACAGUUACAUAAGAACAAAGGGGGCAUUUUUCUACUUUAUUUUAAAGACAAAUGUAUAAGAACCUGAAAUUAUGGUAGGCGCAGUUUUAAUAACUUGAUCCUGGCAAAGUUCUUUAUCUCCUGCAGCAUCACAUAAGCUAAGAGUCAUGUUCUUCCACACCCCAUUUUCACUUGGCAUAAAUCAGCUUCAUGUUUGACAUAGACACUUUGCAUGUAAACUUACCUUCUGGUGAUUUUGCAAUUUCUUUGAUAACUGAUGUCUAGAUUUUGUCCUGCAUUUUGGUGACUACUCUUGUGUAAUUUCAUUGCAUCUUUCUGCUACUAGAGAAAGUCAAAAAGUAAAACCCCAAUCUCAUAUUGAUUAGCACAAUGCUAAAUGUUACGGAGUAUUUACUUUAUGAAAGAAAUUAAAAAUUUAUGAAAACUGAACAUGUAAUGUCAAAACUUUUGAUUCACAAUGCACUAUUUCUUGUCCACCUUCUUUUUUGUCAAACUCAUAGAUAUUUUUUCUUUCAACUCGAUUGAAUGUUCCUCACUCAAUUUGCCUUUUACAUUAGAGGUGCUAUCCACAUUGCAUUUCACCUGUUUCUUCACCUUCAAAAUGGGUGACUGUUGUUUCAGUGUGUUUGGAUGUGUCUUUCAUGUAGAUUUGAAUCCGACUUUCUUUCUUCUUAAUGGCUAUCUCCUUGACAGGCUUCUCUUGUGCUGUAUGUUUAGCAAAAGGAGGCUCUGUCAAGGAAUGUUUGGCCCGGUUCAGUAAAGGCUCCUCCCUCUUUGGAACACUUUUUGAUUCAGUACUAUUAUUAUUCCUUACAGAUUGUGGAAGUCUGUCCUCCAUAUGACUUAGCGUUGGUUUGUGAAUAUCCAGUUUUGGCUUCCCUUGUCAAUGUGACAAGAGGCUACCACCUCACUGAUUGUAAAGACAAUACCUCUUGUCUUUACAGUCUUAGCUAUAAAGAGGAGAGGAGAGCUUUGGGGCACCGGCUACGUGUUGCUGUGUGACCGUGAGGUGGUAGCCUCUUGUCACAUUGACAAGGGAAAGCUUGCCAUCUACAUUAAUGCUAGAAAGACAAUACCUCUACCCCCGGGAGCUGAGUGGUUGUUUCUGUUAAGACCCAGACUCGAGCAAGAAGUGGAAAAUAACAUUAAUGCUAGAAAGCCAGUGAAAUUUGGCAAGCCACAUGACAUCCUACUUUAUUUCGCAUUCUAACCGCAAACCCUAAGCCCAUUUGUAGCGGGGUUUGCUUAUUUUACAUCGCUUUAUGAUUGUUAGGAACCCUGCGUACUUACAUGAUAGUUAAUACUUACUUCGUGCUUUGUUGCAACCGUUUGACUUUCACGCUUGUCAAGGAAUGACUUUGAACAUGAAUAUACAUAAUUGGGUAUUAGUAAAAAUUAUUCAAAUUGCACAGAAAGUGUUUCAAGAACAGAAAUUAUUCAAAAAUCAUUCAUAUGGCACAAAAUAAUUCAAAUUGCAACCCAUUUGUUACGUUUCCUAAACAAGCACUGAAAGUGUUACCUUUUCAAAUUGCAAUGCUCAUAGAUUAAUUAAAUGAAACUGCAAAUCUCUAAAUUGUGAGAUAGCAGUUUUAUCAUUCAACAAUCACAUUGAGAACCAAAGAAAUGUAGAGGAACAUUACCAAUAGAGGGUGUAGAUGAGAGAAAGAACAAUAAUAUUAGCAUGUCCACCAUUCAGAAAAGACUAAUAUCUCUGGGGGGCCUAAAUUGAAGAGGAUGAGUUACGGGUGUGGCGUUUAUGCCCUCUUUCCACAUCUUGAUGGUCUUAUCAGCCUCGCAAGUAAUCAGCCUUGAACCCGUGACAUCAUAUGCCAUUGCAUAGAUGCCAGCCUCGCUUUCCAGUGACCCGGGUUGAACAAUUGUCUGUGACUGCUGGAAAUUGUGGCCACUUCUCCAAUCCCAGAAGCACAAGCUCCCAUUAUCGCCUCCUGUAGCCAUUACACCUUCCUGGUUAACAGCCAUGGCGUUGAUAAUUGCUUUCUGCUGGGAAAGCAUGUCGUGCAGAAACUUUCCUUGUGGAAGGUUGAACUUUUUGAUGUUGUCAGCAGAGGCAGACACAAAAGCAUCCUCCUUUGGGUGCAAUGCCAUUGCUCGGACAGAUUUCUUGUGGUGUGUGAGUGUUGACAUGGCCUUGCCAUUCCUGAGGUCCCAGAAUUUCACAGCUGAAUCAUGUGAGCCAGUAAUGACUUGAGGGUCCAAUGGCCGAGCAAGAACGGAGCAAACUGUGUUCUCAUGCCCUGACAAAGCACGAACUUGAGUCUUUUUCCUGAUAUCCCAAACCCGGCACACAGAAUCACGACCCCCAGUAAGCAGGACAUUAAGGGUGGGGUGUAGAGCCAAGCAAUAGACACCGCUUAAAUGACCAUGAUAAGACCGAAUCACCUUGUUCUGUUCUAGAUCCCAGCACUUGACUUGUUUGUCAUCACCAGCAGAGAACAUGUAGGUAUGCUUGCUGCUGACGGCUAGGCCUCUUAUUUGUUCAAGAUGACCGGUAAGGGUGAGUUUCAGAGUCCCGGUUGCUAAAUCCCAGAUCUUGAUUGUUCUAUCUGCUGAGCCUGUGCAGAACCAUGUAUUGCUGGGGUCCACUGCAACGCACCGCACCGAACCCAAGUGCCCGCUGAUGACCCUGUACUUCUUCCAGGGCGCAUGCCGCUCACUUGCUGUUCUUUCCAUGGUUGCAGAAGUUGUUUUGGAAGAAGGGUCUGUUGCGGAUCGUGUUGCAGAAGUUGAUACGCAAUAUGUAUAUUUACUUUUCAU